CUCAUCUUUGCAUAUCACGUUUCGCUGACCAUCUCGCCAACGCCGCGGUAUUCUCUUUGCAAGUUCUUAUUACGGGUGUUUUGACAGUGCACAUCGGCAUGCUUGUAGUCCGUCGGAAGUCUUCUCCUCAAUGGUGGCAAUGAUCUGCGUCUGAGCCGGUCAUGGCCAACGCCUGGCACCAGCCCACCACUGUCUACGGUCAGCCAACUACAAUAGACUUGGCUCGCCAUCAAACGUAUAAUGUCCCGCCUGCUGCCGGAUUUAAACGGCCCAAUGAUGAUAUAGACCAUCGACAAGAGAAACUUCCCAAUCAAAGGGUUUCACUGCCACAAGCGGCCCAUGCGAAGCUCCCCGACCAAGUCAAGGCACCGUUCCCUCCCCGUUUACAGGCUAGCCGCAUUAUCCCCAGCGAAAGCGUCGAGCCAGCUCGUACCCCGGCGCAAUUGCGCCAUGUUAUUUCUUCCACGCCGGGACCUUCCCAGAAUCCUCUGCUUACACUUGGCCAUGCGGCUUACGGGCUGCCUGCUCAGCUGAUAGAGAAUUUCGCUGCUCUAGGAGUACAUGCAAUCUAUCCGUGGCAGUCGUCCUGCCUGUUGGGUAAAGGAUUAUUGACCGGAGAGCAGAAUUUGGUCUACACUGCACCCACAGGAGGCGGCAAGUCUCUAGUUGCUGAUGUCCUGUUACUCAAGCGUAUCAUCGACAACCCCGGCCAGAAGGCGAUUUUAGUUCUCCCGUACGUUGCUCUAGUACAGGAGAAGCUAAGGUGGCUACGCGCUCUGGUUGAUGGAGUCUCCAAGAAUAUCGAAGAGUUGGACGGGACGCCGAAUCCGACAUGGCGCCGACCCAGUAACUUGGUACGAGUGGCCGGCUUCUUUGGUGGCAGUAAGUCCACAGUCAACUGGGCAGACUGUGAUGUGGCGGUAUGCACGAUUGAAAAGGCCAAUUCCCUGGUGAAUUCUGCUAUUGAAGAAGGCAAAGAUGCGAAGCUGGGCAUCCUCGUUCUCGAUGAGUUACACAUGCUCAAUGACGAACAUCGAGGUUAUCUGAUGGAACUUCUUGCCACGAAAUUGAUGUCUCUGGAGACACCCGUCCAGGUCGUUGGCAUGAGUGCCACCCUGCCGAACCCUCAACUCCUGGCAAAGUGGUUGAAGGCAAAAUUUUACAUCGCGAAAUACCGUCCUAUCCCUAUCGAAGAGCACUUGGUUUAUAACAAUGGCAUCUACCUCACAGCGAACGCCAAGGAAUUCUUUCGGACUGCUACGCAGCUGACUGCAGGGGAUGCGUUACCGACCCAGCGACCGGAGCCAUUGCGCACUAUCUCAAGGUCUGAACAUCGGGAUCUCCAAAAUCCCAUGGUUAACGCUGUCGUCGCCUUGGCGGUAGAAACGGCCGUUGCGGGACAUGGCGCCUUGGUAUUCUGCAGCAGCCGUCAGGGGGUGGAACGGACUGCGACGCUAAUUGCUGAUGCCUUACCAGUGGAUCACGUUGAUAAGGGUAUUUUAGGCCUCCGGCAAGAUCUCCUGGCAUCAUUACAUGCACUACCAGGAGGCUUUGAGUCCACCUUCUCCAAAGCAGUACCCUGUGGGGUUGGCUUUCAUCACGCAGGAUUGACUGUCGAGGAGCGCAACCUGGUGGCCGAGGCCUACGACACUGGCGUUCUUAAAGUUAUGGUUGCAACGUGCAGUCUUGCGGCAGGUAUAAAUCUGCCAGCUCGGAGGGUUAUACUCAACGGGGCCCGAAUGGGGCGAGACUUGGUUGGGCCAGCGAUGCUUCGUCAGAUGCGUGGGCGGGCAGGCCGAAAAGGUAAAGACGAGGUUGGAGAGACAUACUUAUGUUGCCAGAAGGCUGAUCUGGAAGCGGUCGCUGAGCUACUCGAGGCUGAGAUGCCUCCUGUUGAGAGCUGCCUGACUCCCGAGAAACGAGGAAUCAAGAGAGCCCUCCUCGAAGUCAUAGGCAUUCGCAUGGCAUCAAGCAGAACAGUGCUAGACAGAUAUGUCCAUUCAUCAUUGGUCUGGCAUACAACGGAGCACGGCACUGUCAUGGACAUGGUUGAAACAUCAAUCCAAGAGUUGCUCGAAAGUGGCCUGAUUCGGCGAACGGAAUAUGAAGAUUGCCUUGAACCCACUAGCCUUGGUACCGCUGUGGUGGCUUCAGGCCUCAGCCCGGAAGACGGGGUUUUCGUUCACUCGGAACUGCGUCGCGCGCUGGAGUCGUUCGUGAUGGAUGGUGAUUUGCAUAUUUUUUAUCUCUUCACCCCCGUCCAGACAAGCGGGUUGGCGGAAAUAUCUUGGCCGACAUUUCGCGAUGAACUGGACGCUUUGGACGAAAGUGGUCUGAGAGCCAUCCGACUGAUCGGUAUCAGCCCGGCCUUGGUCAAUCGGCUUGUCAACAGUGGUGGAAAACUGAAGGAGGACACUCCAGAAGAAGAGCGACUGGCGCGAGUUUACCGUAGAGUAUAUUCAGCCUUCCAACUGCGCGAUCUGUGCAAUGAGAUGCCGGUGCACGAAGUCAGUGUGAAAUUUUCGGUGCCACGAGGACAUAUACAGAAUCUGGCUCAGACUUGUCACGGAUUCGCGGCCGGGAUGAUCAAAUUCUGCGAAAGAAUGGGCUGGGGUAUGCUCGCCGCCGUGUUAGAACACAUGUUGGAUCGGCUCCGAGCCGGAGCGAGGGCUGAUUUGCUCGAAAUGGCCCAGGUCGCGUUUGUCAAAAGUCGGAUGGCACGCAUCUUCUGGGAGAAUGGGUUCAAGAGUAUUCGAGCUCUUGGAGAGGCCGAUCCGCACACUCUGGUACCCGUGAUGAUGCAGGCUCAGGCAAGGAAGAUGAAACUACAGGGCGAGGCGGCCGAGAAAUUCAAGGCUAAGCUUCUCGCCAGAGCCGAGAUCAUUGUCAACAGUGCAAACCGACUCUGGGAGCGACAACAGCAGGUUCAGUGGGAUGAAGAGUAACAACUCUUGAUCGACGUGUGGGACCUAGUCGUCGGCGCUGCUCAAGGCCCCUGGUUUGCGACGAGUCCGACUGCUUGCUGGUUCUGGCCGCGCCAGAAGCAUCAUUUGUCAGUCAGUAGCAGGAGACAGCGUAGCCUGCAGGAAAAGUGUAGACUUUGCUUGUUUCAGGCCUCGCGAGAUGCCUUUUGCAGUUAGAUAUAGAGGAUAGACAGGGGCAGGUUAUGAAGAAAUCGACCGAUGAAUAACGGUUUGCAAUCAACUUGGACAAGAGAGACCUCGA